AUGACACUAUCGCAUCGUGUCUUCCAGUCUCUAUAUCUUGACGAGAGUUUGGAGCCAGACACAGAGGAUCCAGCCGAGGAGGAGCUGGCUGUUCCCAACGAUCCAUUGGACGAGUUAGAUUGGCAGACACCUUUAUUUGGUGACGUUACAAAUAUGUUACGAUCACUUCCAACACCAAAAAGAACUCAAAACAACGAUGUUUUGGAUCUGAGGCGAGAGAUUUGCACCAAGCGAGUGCCACGAAAGCCACGACGACAGUGUUCUGGAAGACGGAUAUGGUCUUUGGAACCACCUACGCUAUCAUGUUCUGGUGCUCGAGAAAAUAGUCGUAGCUGUAUUCACUGCCUUGCAACUGAUACGCCACAAUGGAGAGCCGGCCCUGCAGGACCUGGAACUCUAUGCAACGCAUGUGGAAUCAGAUUCAAGUCCGGACGACUGUUGCCGCAGUACCGGCCAUCAACCAGCCCCACGUUCAAGGGCCGCCUCCACUCGAAUCGGCACAAGAAAGUUAUGAAGAUAAGGGAACAAAGCGGAGAUGCAGAUAUAGCAGAUUUGGACGUGUAG